AUGAAAUUAUCAACGCUACUCGACGGCGAAGGCAUAAUACGACUACGAUCGCGUAUAGCGGCCGCGGGUGAUAUCACUGAGCAACAACGGUCACCAGCCGUGCUUGAUGGAGACCACCCGUGGGUGCGACUGUAUAUCGCCUGGAUACACAAACAGACGCACCACGGAGGCUUCGGCAUCACCACCAGCGAGGUACGCCAGCACUACUGGCUCCUACGACUACGCAACGCUGUGCGAAGCGAACUGAAACGUUGCCGAGUGUGCCGCAUCAUGAGAGCCACGCCUCCACAACCCUCGACUGGAAACCAUCCGCCCAGCCGCCUCGCUCACCAUCAACGCCCGUUCACAUACACCGGGCUGGAUUUCUUCGGUCCACUCCAAGUCGCAGUAGGCCGCACACGACAAAAAAGAUACGGAGCGAUCUUCACCUGCCUAACCACGAGAGCGGUCCACGUCGAGUUGGCCGGAGAUCUGAGCACCGACUCCGCCAUCAUGGCACUCCGUCGCUUCAUAUCGCGACGCGGAUGCCCGACGGAGCUGUGGUCUGACCAGGGAACCAAUCUCCGCGGCGCGGACGCCGAGCUACAGAGGGCAGCACUAGAAGCUAUACAGGAAGACGCCAGUAUCCGGUUCAUCAAGUGGAGAUACAUACCGCCGAGCGCACCGUUCAUGGGAGGAGCAUGGGAGCGUCUGGUACGGAGCAUCAAAACAGCUCUGUACACCGUACUGCACGAACGCGCCCCGAAAGAAGAGGUCCUGCACACUCUAUUGGUCGAGGCAAAGCACACCCUCAACAGCCGCCCUCUCACCCAUGUAUCCACUGCUCCAGAAGACGAGAACCCCCUGACUCCGAACCACUUCCUACUGGGGGGUCCCUCACGAGUACCACUGCCUGGAGCCUUCACGGACACUGACAUCGAUGGGCGCAAAAUUUGGCGGACCAGCCAACGACUGGCCGACAUGUUCUGGUCACGCUGGAUAAAAGAAUACCUCCCUGAUCUCCAGCACAGACGAACUCCGAGAGCCACCAACGGCGCGCUACAACUGGGAGACUUGGUGUUCAUAGCCGACGGGACGCUACCACGCAACACCUGGCCCCGCGGCAUCAUUGUGGCUACAUACCCAGGCCCCGACGGAGAAAUAAGGGCGGUCGACGUGCGGACAAACAGAGGAAUUCUGCGCCGUCCUACAAAGAAGCUGGUAAUCAUUGCAACGGGAGGCAACGAGACAACGAAGCGCGAACCCUAG